AUGGACGUGUCCACCUUAACCAUAAGUUCCGAUCCGGUAUCUCAUCGGAAGGUCAUAAACCGUACCUAUCGAAUACAGAAGCGGAUUGGAGAAGGACAGUUUGGGAAAGUAUUACUAGCGGAAGUAAUAAGAAAUAGCUAUGGCGAAGAUAAGUACAGUGGCGGUCUGUCGCUUGUUGCCAUUAAGACGAUAAACAGAAUUGAACGUAAUAAACUCAUAACGAAAACGUAUCUAUCGCACACCACGAAGAUCAAGCGAGAGAUCGAUAUAAUGAAAGAAUGUAAUCACCCAAAUGUAGUGAAGCUAUACAAAGUUAUCGAUGAUUUAAAAUUUGACAAAAUUCUAUUGGUUCUUGAGUAUUGUGAAUACGGAGAAAUCGACUGGAAAAGCUAUAACCACUACAAUGAAAAGUAUUAUAAAAAUGGUGAUGGGAUCACCAUCAACAGAAUUUUGCGAGAUGUAAUCAACGGUCUUGACUAUUUGCAUAGAAUCAAGAAUAUCAUACAUAGAGAUUUAAAGCCUUCGAAUCUAUUAAUUAGCUCUAAAAAGGAGAUAAAGAUCUCGGAUUUUGGAGUGAGUUUAAUCUUGGAGAAUAAUGCAAACGACGAAAAGGAAUUGGGCAAGACCAUGGGGACCCCAGCCUUCUUUGCACCGGAAUUAUGUCAAUUUGUUAAUAAUAGGUACUCAAUGAUUAACGAUAAGAGCAGCAAAAUCGAUAGUAAAAUUGAUUUAUGGUCACUAGGAGUGAUUCUAUACUGUUUGGUCUUUCAUAGUCUACCAUUUAAAGGAGAUAAUGAGUUUAGACUCUUCAAAAACAUAGUUACGCAGGACUUGAAAUUCCCUAAAACCAGAAACUCUACUUUAGCAACAAAGGCUGACAUGGAAGAAUUGAAGUAUUUAAAGGAUUUAAUCGUAAAAUUGCUAACCAAAAACCCAAAGGAGCGGAUUGGAUUACAAGAAAUUAAGGAACAUGAAUUCACCACUUUCGAUUUGAGUAAAGAAGAACGAAAAAAAUUCAUAGAGUUCAACAAAAGGUAUGAAGAAAGACCCAAUGGGUCUACAAUGGGUAAGAUUAAGAAGUUGUUUGGAAAUACUGAAAAGAAGACCACAGAGAACAUUAAUUUAACAACCCCAACUCUUGCCGAUUUGAAUAAAUUGACACAGGUUGACGACUUACUAGACAGCUAUUUCGAUGACUCGUCUUCCUUUGGAUCUUUGGAAGAAGACGAAGAAGACGAUCCUAUCGACACCUCAAACAUCUUGCAUUCAAUUUCGUAUUCUUCAACUUCGUUAGUUUCUCCUUCCAAUUUCAAGCUUAAACCUCCCCCACUUUCAAUAUCGUCUUCAUCGAACUCGACGACUACAUUGCAUAAGCCAGUACUGGUUUCUUCAUCCACUGGAGUUUCACCAGUUAAUAGUCCAACUAAGAGCAUUAAGAGUAAUAGCGAUAUCAAAUCUACGCAGGUUGUCACCAUAGGAGCAGGAUCUCCUACACUAUUUAGAAAUAUGUUCAGUCCAUCCAAAAGGUUUUUUUCAAGACUUGGAAAGAGUAAGCUGGCAGUACAACAUCAAGGGCAACAAGUAGAAGAACCUACAAUACACUCGCUUUCAUCACCAAAGAAGAGUGGAGACUUCAACGUGGCUGAUACUUAUUUUGACGAUCUCAGACCUCCAAACAUGCUAGGUUCAGGUUCAUUAAUAAUACCUAAUAACGGAAACUACAACAACAAUGGAGGAAGCAGUAAUUCAAGUUCACGGAAAAACUCGUUCUCUUCUACCAGAUCCAAUGGAUUGAGUAGAAUUACGUCAUCUUCAUCUUCAUUAAAUUUAAAUGGGUAUCUUACAGACGAUUCGUUUUCGCUCCAUUCCACUACAGCAAGAAAUAGCACUUCAUAUUCAUUGAAAUACAAAAUCGACCCAGAGAACGUUGAUUCUUCAGAGAAUGAGGAAGCUGAUGAAACUUUAACCAAGGAAAAUAUCAACACACCAACUCUGAGAUUGAGAGAAAGGAUGAACAUGAAUGAUUUCUUAGACAAAUUAGAUUAA